CUUGUGCUGUAUUGAAUCCUCAUACUAAAGGACAUGAAACAUCACGACUUCAGCAGGAGGCUACUGGUGCUCUCUGUCCUUUCAACUAUCUUUGAUUCUCUGAAUGCGGUCGAAGUCUGUUCCAACACUAUUCUGCCAGGAUCUAAAGGAGACCUGGGUGAAGGGGGAGGCGAGGGAGACCAGGGACGGCUGGGAAAGACCGGCCCACCAGGACUACUAGGUCUGACAGGGGAGCUCGGAGAUAAAGGAGAGCAUGGCCGGACGGGGAAGAUGGGUCCUGCUGGAGACAAAGGAGACGCAGGAGAUGCAGGAGUUGAUGGACCCUCUGGACUGAAAGGGAAAACAGGGGCAACAUGUGACUGUGGGAGGUACAGGAAGGUCGUUGGACAGAUGGACAUCAAUGUCAGAAAGCUGAAGAAUGCAGUCAAGUUUGUGAAAAAUGUCAUUUUAGGCAUUAAGGAAACGGAGGAGAAAUUUUACCUGAUUGUGAAAGAGGCCAGAAAGUACCGAGAGGCUCUGAUAAACUGUAAGCUGAGGGGCGGUAUGCUCGCCAUGCCCAAAACAACAGACACCAACACCCUGAUUGCAGACUACGUCACCCAGGCCGGCCUUACCCAGGUCUUCAUCGGGCUGCAGGCUGGGCAGAAGGGGGGAGGGCCUGUUUACGCAGACCUGACCCCAGUGAGGAACUAUACCGCCUGGGGCCUAGAGGAGCCAUCAGGGGCCCCUUCCAACACCAGCUGUGUGAAGAUGGUCAGCACAGGCACCUGGAACCAGGUGGAGUGUGACAUCACCAUGUACUACGUGUGCGAAUUCAAGAAGAGCAGGAGAGGUCUCGCCGCCGUGCUGUGAUGUCAUCAAGUCAGUGGAAGGUUGUUGACGUGGACAUUAGACCUUUAUGCUAAGACAGAAACCAGUAGUACUUUAACCUAUAGUGAAACAUGUAGCCUUAUAGUAACUAGACAAAGGUCAUUGAUAUAACCUAGCCUAUUGAUUUUAAUGAGAGAUAAAAGUUGGUAUCCAUGGGGGCCUCCCGAGUGGCGUAGCGGUCUAAAGCACCGCAUCGCAGUGCUAGAGGUGUCACUACAGACCCGGGUUUGAUCCCGGGCUGUAUCACAACCGGCCGUGACCGGGAGGCCGAUAGGGCGGUGCACAAUUGGCCCAGUGUCGUCCGGGUUAGAGGAGGGGUUUGGCCAGGGGGCUAUAUUUGGCUCAUCGCGCUCUAGCGCCUCCUUGUGGCGGGCCCGGGCGCCUGUAGACUGACCUCGGGUUGUCAGUUGAACCCGUUGGAGAGUUGCAGUGAUGAGACAAGAUUCAAAUUGGGGAGAAAAUGUUUUGUGUUGUUGGUUUUGUUGUUGUUUUUUAAAGCUGGUUUCCCUUUUGACACUUCAGCCUUUUGUUUUCUGGGGAUGACAUAUAAACACCUUUCCCUUUCUGUAAUAAAACACCAUACAAAUCAA